AUGGCGCGAUGGCGGUGGUGGCGGGGUCCCCGCGCCCCCGCUGAGCUGAGCGCCGUGUCGCCCGCAGUUCCUCAUGGCCACCAACUCCCUCACGACGUGCUGCGACGCGCCAAGAGCUGCCUCAAGGCAGAGGAGGGCUGCGAGCCGGCCCUGCUGGGCGCCCGGCCGCGGGCCUGCGAGGCCAAGAUGUGCUUCCAGCCGGGGCAGCAGCUGCUGGAGGCCAAACCGCGGAUCUGGUCCCUGGCGCACACCGCCACCUCCCUCAACCAAGCCGAGUACCCCUCCUGCAUGCUCAAGCGCCAAGGGGCAGCCCCCGCCGUCGCCGUCUCCGCCCCGCUCGGUGUCAUCGACCGGCACCAGGACUCGCCGGUCACCAGCCUCAGGAACUGGGUGGACGGGGUGUUUCACGACCCCCUCUUCCGGCACAGUACUUUGAACCAAGCCUUGGGCAACACCACCGUUUCCUGGGCCACCACCAAAGGGGCCAUCCUGGAAACGGGAGCCUUGGGACGCUCGGUGGGUAACGGCGCCAACGUGCUCAAGGGGCAGCUCUCAAACUUAGCCCACCAGGACUCCAACAAAGAAUUUAUCGCAUUUCCCAAAUCAGGAAGCAAAAUGUUUUGUUCUUAACAGCCCACCGAGGGCAAAAGAACUUUCUUGAAGAGUCAGCUACACUGAAAAGAGACUGGCGAGAGUUUAAAUUUAAAUAUAAAACUUUUUUUUCUUUUU